AUGCCUGUUAUUGGUGAAGACUAUCCGCUUUGGGACCUCCUUCAUCUUUUCCAGGAAGGUGCCUCUCAUAUGGCAAUUGUAGAAAGAGAUUUGGAGGAGAUCGAAUUUUUUGACUCGUUCCUGGAAUCCAGGCCUUCACAAUCCUUUUGGGGAAUAGCAAAAGAAAAAUAUCAGAAUAUUCUACGAAAAAUCUUCCCAUGCCACUCGAAGGCCACGGAAGCCAAAAAAACAUCACUUCACCAUACUCCGAAGUAUUGGACAGAUGAAGAUGACUACUUAUCAUCUCGAGGACAUAUAACAGGUGUAAUUACCCUUGAAGAUGUGCUAGAGACUCUGAUGCAAUCAAGAAUUCUUGACGAAAAGGAUGUCUCACUUGGCCGCCGUAGAAUGGACGGUACCAGUAGUACACGGAGCAGCAGCAGAACUACCACUUCAUCUGAGCAAAUAUCGACCCUAGACUCUUGUAAGUCGCUGGUAACCAACGAAACAGGAAGAAAUAUUCCUCAUGUUGAUCCUGGAGGGUGUCGCAUGCAUCUCAGUCCUGCCAGAAAAGUUGGUUCUCCCCAAAGAAAAGCUUUCCUCCCACACAAUGACCAAACACUAUCACCAUUAUCAAAACACUUAAAGGAUCAUGACGGUAAACGGAGGGUUUCAUUUCCUGAAGGUACCUAUGGGGGUUACGGAACAGCCAAUAUAGAACGGAAUAUUGAAGCUUUUGAUAGGAGGAACUCCAGGUCGAAAACAUUCCCAAGAAACAUGGAAUAUACAAAAGUCGACACGGGGCCCCUUUUGUUGGGACAACCAAUCGAUCUUUUGGGGUUUAUGUGUGAUGAGGAAACAGAUCUCAAGAUUGUUUCUGGACCCGAGCUAGACACACCCGCAAAUGAGAAUAGCUUUGAUUCCAUCGAAUCAUAA